AUGAUGUUGUUUAAUUAUAUUGUUCGAAUCGUCAUCAGCUUUGCCGUCGCUUACUUUACUAUUGGAGAAUCCGCGGCCAUAAAUUCAAAGAUCGCGGCAGUUAACGAUGUAGAGCGUCAAUUUUUUCCGAUUGUCAAACGAAGCACAACAUUGAGUUCAAGAUCUUGUGGUAAAACGAUGCCAUGUGGGUGGUUAAUUUAUUAUAUGGCUGGAGAU